CCAAAAACAUAGAAAAAAGAGAAACCCAGCCCAAAGACCAAAAAACGUAAACCUAAUUCAUGAAUGAAAUCCCGCACUGCCUCUCCUCAGUCCUGUCUCCUCUGCCUCUUCUCCUUUGCCGUCGCCGUCGCCGUCGCCGUCGCCUUCCCGUGUUCCCGAGAAUAUUCAUCCCUCGCACAGGAAGAGACACACUAGGACUAAGCUCUGAUAAUCUCAUAGCUGUGUUCAUUCCAGUUUUGUGUGAUGGCUCUGAGAGGAGUAUGGCAACUUCAGAAGCUCAUUGUUAGUUAUUGCAAUUGGGGCGGAAGCAGUAGAGGUAUAAGGGCUUUUAUGGAGUCGGAAUUGCCUGUGUUUAAGGAGAAGAAUCCUCAAUUAGAGGUUGUUACUGAACUCAUUCGUGGUCAGCAUCCACAUUUGAAGGCCUUUUACAAGAACAAAAACGAGCGAGUUAUAUGCGUGAAGAACAUGGAUCCAGAAGAUGUACUUCACCACGCAACGAGGCUAAGGAAUGCGUUGGGAAGAAAGGUGAUCAAACUGAGGACAAGGCAUGUAACCAAGCGCCCUAGUGUGCAAGGUACAUGGACAACCGCUCUUCGAUUUUAAUUUUUAAAAAUAAUAACAAGUCCAGAGUGUAGUGUUCCAUUUCUUUCUGAUGAAUUUACCAAUGUUGUGUAAACCAUAUUUGAGUAUAAGUCCUCAUGCUGUUUGUGGCACAAUUUUUAUUUUCUUCUUCUUCCUUGUUUGCUGCCUCAUGAAGAAGCUAAUGAGCAAAGUCAUGUUCAUAGUUCAUAGUUGUUAAUAGUGGCAAUGGAUCGUGUUAUAGAUACAGAUCCUGUUCGAGUUGUUAUCUUUUUUUCUUCUUUAUCUAAAAAUAAGAUAGGAUUAAUGAUCAAAAUAGUCUCUGAAAGACAACUAUCAAUUUGGUUAUCGAAGAAAUUGGUCAGAUAUAACAGUCAGUCUAUGCAAAGACCAAUAGGUGGUAUCAUUUUUUAGGGUUCAAUUUGAGGUUCUUGAUCUUUCCAUGUGAAUCAAGACAAAGCAUGUAUGAUUUUUUAGGGAUUAUUUUAACUAUUAACCAUCCAAAUGAUAUGAAUUAGCGUUAUGUGUCAUCAUGGAAGAAAAAUGGCAUAGGUGCAAUAAUUU